GCAGGAGCUCCAGCAAAUCCGCAUUCCAACCGGAUGGUGUGCGGGUGGACAAGAGCUCCUCCUCUCGAGAAACGAAGCUACCACGAGAAUGACUCUCCUCGAAGCAGUCGAAGGAGCACUCGUCCGACUGCAAGAAGCAGCAGACAACUUGCCGACGUUGGGCUCCCAAAUCCGCAUCGGUCCUCGCGCUCCACUUCCCGCGGACGCGGAGGACAUGGAACAACUUGGCGAGGGCUCUCCUGCACCACAGGAAAUUCUGGCUAUUAACGUCGACAACGCCGAGGAAGAAGUAGCAAAUGCAAGUCGUUCCUUCCCUAGUAGCGCUCUCUUGGAUUCUGUAAUAGCGGAUUGUCUGACAGGGGGAAGCGCGAGCAAUGUGCCAA